AAUAAUAAAAAAUUUAUAAUUUAAAAUCAUGGAAAACUCAAGUAAUGAGAUUAAAAUACUUUUAUAUUCCUUAAAUGCUGCAUCACAAAUUCUUGGGUUAAAUAUAUUAACGUGUGUUUAUCAUAAGAAUUCAUGGAAUUUUCGAUUUUUUAAAUUUUAUUCAAAUUUUCUCGAAUUGUUUCUUAUUCUGAAUACGCUGGCAUUAGUUUCCACAAUAUUUUCCGAUAAAUUCGUAUGCGGAGACUUGUUUAACUUAUUCGUAGGUUUCAAAUACAUCAUGCAGUUUUUUGUUAUUGGUACGAUCAUAUUCUGGACUUUUCAGUUCUCUUUACUUAAACGAAUUCAUUUAAAUCUACCUAGUAAAUCUUGCUAUGAAGUCGAAAAAACGUUAAUUACCUCAAUAGAAUUUCAAUUUGCAGUUUUCUUCGCAGUCACUGCUUUACUGCAAGUCACAUGUUACUUCAUGCUUGACUUUUCUCUAUAUUCUGCCGUGGAAAAUGCAACUGUAACGGAAUUCCUUCUCUGUAAUAUCGAUUGGGCAUUAUCAUCAUUUUUUUUAAUAGGACAAACUGUUUACAUAUUAUUCCUUCUUUAUAAUUAUUUACUCAUUUUGUUUCAUGGAUUUAACACAUUGUCGAGCAAACUCGAUGUAGUUUCUCGUGAAAGAAGGAAAAGUAAAGUUCUAAUCGUAUACAUAAUCGAAGAACAUACAGCAUUAAUGGAAGACGUUCGAAACGUCAAUAACCAAUUCGAAAUGUAUUUCCCUGCUGUUUACUGCUGUAAUUUAUAUGCGUUUAGUAUUCUGGUAACAAUAUCUUUGUUUUACGAUUUACCCGCAGAGUCUAAACUGGGUGCAUUAGUCAUUAUCAUAUUCGUAAUUUUGGAAUUUUUAAUAAUUUCAUUCGGUUUAUCCAGAUUUACAUCUUCGCUUUACGGAAAUUUCAACGAGAUUAAUAAAUAUUCUUCAUACAGAUUUUCCCUGGUUUUUAAAUUGAAGAUGCUGAAUUUUAUGAAAAGAUUCGGAAAAACACCCAUUGGAAUUUCUGUCGGUGGAUUUUUUCGAGUCAAACGCGAUUUUCCGAUUAAAAUGCUGAGUAGUCUUUACUCCAUUCUUUCUGCUCUUAUCGAAUUGGCAAAGAAGAACGAAAGUACCAAAUGUACUUCAUCACGUUUGCUGAAUGCAAGUAAUGUUCAGAAUACAUCAUUGUAUUGAGAAUGUUUCUACGUGAGUACAAAAAAAUCAACGAAAAUUCGUUGAUAUGAGGAAAUGGUCUGCAGCUUUUCGAGAUACUGCUGAUUUUUCUAUACUGUAGCUACAUACGUGAACGAAUAUAAAAGUUUUGUAUUAAUAAUAUUGAAUAACUAGAAGCACUUCUUAUAUGUAUGAACACAAAAAAUCAAAGUAAACUUUAUGAGUAAUGUAGAAAGUAAAGUUCAAAACCAUCUUAUUUUUUAAUUUUUCAAUCAUAAAUUGAAAACAUUCCUUAACAAAAUAUUAAAACAGUGGCCAUACAACAGAUCUAAUAUUUUCUGUAUACAGAAGGAACAGCUCUGUUGUAUGGUUAGUGUUUUGAUAAUUUGUUAGAGAAUGUUUCACAUUUUAUCGCGUAUGUAGGUGUUACACAGAUUUAAAAAAAAAAAAAAAGGAAAAAAUUUGUGGCUAUUCGUUUGGACAUUCGCAAACUUACUUUCGCACAUAUUAAUAAAGUUCUUAAUUUAAUUAAAAAUUACAAUAAACAAAACUUUUAGUACACUAUGCUUUUCUUUAAAUUUAAAUUAAUGUUAAUUCAUUAAACUGCUACUUCUUUGUCUGAUGCGAGCCAAUUCUGACAAAUGAUACGUUUAUUUUUCAUUAAUUAUUUAUUUAUUUUUAUUUAUUUAUUUAUUUUGUGUUUUAUUUUAUUUUAUUUAUUUAUUUAUUUUUUGCUGAUAGCCUGCAUUAUUGAUAAAAAUUGGUAACAUAGAUUUAGGUACA